AUCUACGCCAUCUUGCUACGUCACAUUGAGGAAUCUACAGAUGGCUCUCCUACAAUUUCUCCGAAAUUUUCCCGCCAUCGAAUAGAUUCAUUUUUAUAAGCUUUCAUUGAAAGGAUUUUUCAAUAAUUAUUCGAUCAGGUAAGGAACAUUCAUUGCGUAAUCGUUGAGUCGUAGACAGACCUUGUUCAACUAUAGCAGCGACACCUUCGACGCGUUGAAAAAAGUAGAACGUAUCGUGGCGUCCCCUAUUGGUGUUUUUGCACUCGGUUUGGCUAGCAACGAAUUGCUUAAUAUUUAUAAUUCAUGCCUGAAUAAGCAAUUUAAUUUCAUUUUCAUAUUGCAGAAAAAUAUAGAAAUGCGAUCUGGCACCAAACAGAAACGUUCUAGAUCGGCGAACAUCUUAGCUAAUGAUUCUCCUUCUCCUGCGAAGAAGAGUAAACGAAUCUUAAGAAGCGAAACACAGUUCCUUUCCCGCAAAACUCGAAACUCAGUUCAAAAAGUUAACAAUAUUAAGAAGGAAGAUAAUUCUUUGAAAUUAAAAAAAUCGGUUGUUGUCACUGAAGUAAAAAGGACUGAUAAAAAAAGAAAAACAAGAUCUCCUAUUAAAAAACAAAGAAGUGUAAAAAAAACUGUAAAAACUGAAACUUCGAAUGAAGUUGAUGCUAAACAAAAGCCUGAUUCAAAAAAUGAAACUGUAGAAAAUGGCGAAGGUUUAUCGAAAGAGUUUCAAUCGACAUCAAUGGAAUCUCCACUAGAGUCAUUAGAUGAAGAGAAUUUCAGAUAUUAUAUAUCAAAAUUAGAUUUAACUCAAUUACGCUUUGAACUUUUUAAAGCAAGAACAACCAUUCAUAAAUCAAGGGAUGAACUUGCCGAAUCUAUGAAAAAUCAUAGAGAGGUAGUUGAUAAAAAAGAUCAUAUUAUGGCUAUGCUCCAAACUCAAUUAUUAGUGAAAGAGGAACAAUUGAAUAAGUUAGAAAUCAAAUUCGGCGUAAAAAGGAGUAGCACUUCUCAAAUGACGUAUAGAAAUCCGGACAGUGAUGUCGUAACUCCAAUGCAAGCUCUGAACGCCUACAAGAAUCUACGCAUGACUCUUGAUCAUAUUUUGACUGAUGAACAGGCUUAUAGAAAAGAAGCUCAGAGGUUUCGGGAAAAUAAAAGGAAGAUUGCCGACUACGUCAAUGAAUUAGCAUCCGAGCCUUGCAUAGAAUAUAAUCAAGACUCAAAAGGAAAGAAGGAAAAGUCUACGAAAUCGAGCCCUAAUAAACUUUCUCACAAUACGGAGGAUCGGACUGAAAAUAGCGAUAAUGAAUCAAGUGAUAGGGAGAAUGUAGAAUCUGAAAAGGAAGCGCCGAAAGCAAUUGAAGAAGCAGCCACAGUUAAUGGGAAAUGUAACGAAGGAAAUAUGAAUAAUACAACUGAUUCUAAUAUUACAAAUAAAAAUGUUCAAGCUGUCAAAUCGCAAAUUGUUCUUCUUAGCCAUAUUCCAAAAUUUCCUCCUAAUUUAGCUAACAAUGUUAUAACAAUGCCCGAUGGUCGAAAAGGCCUACUCUUACCACCUACUAAUGCCAUAUUAAAUUCAGCGCCCGAUGCCACUGCAUUUGCCGAAAAAUCAAAAGGAAGACAUAACAUUAGGAAAAUUGUCGAAGAAAAGAAAUUGAAUGAUGCAACUUUAAAAGCCGGAAGAAUUGAGAAAGAACGACGCAAGAGAAUUGAUAUAGAACGGCAGCAACAUAAAAUAAGUUACAAAACAGAAAAAAACAAAAAGUACUGUUCGGAAAUUGUAUUUUCUAAAAAGGAUAAAAUAUCUGUUCUUCCAGUAUUGGUAAGAGAGCUAAAACCGCAUCAAGUUGAAGCCGUUGAAUUUCUUUGGGAUAAUAUCAUCGAAUCCACCGAAAAAUUUAAAAAUAGCGAAGGGUCAGGGUGUAUUCUAGCCCAUUGUAUGGGUUUAGGGAAAUCUUUAUCUAUAAUCAGCCUCCUACAUACACUUUUAAAGAAUAAUACUCUAAAAGUAAAGAGCAUCUUACUACUAUGUCCGUUAAAUACUGUUCAUAAUUGGUUGGCGGAAUGGAAAAAAUGGCUAGAGCCAAAAGAUCGCGUUCUAGUACAUGAAAUAAUAAGUGCUAAGGAUAAUAUUUUGAGAAAUCAGAGGUUGAACAUGUGGAAAGAAACUGGUGGUGUAAUGUUAAUGGGAUAUCAAAUGUUUCGAAUGUUGGUAAAUUAUUCAGGAAAGAGCAGGAAGAAAAAGGCACUUUACUUAGAAUUACUGAUCGAUCCUGGACCGGACAUUGUCGUUUGUGAUGAAGGUCAUGUGUUAAAGAACGAGCAAACCUCUAUCUCGAAAAGUUUGAAUAGAGUUCAAACGAAACGUCGAAUUGUGCUAACUGGUACUCCACUACAAAAUAAUCUUCUAGAAUAUCACACGAUGUUGCAAUUUGUAAAACCAAACUUAUUGGGAACGAGAAAAGAAUUCUGCAAUCGGUUUGUUAAUCCAAUAACGAACGGGCAACACUCAGAUUCGACAAGCAAAGACGUCCAGGUAAUGAAGAGACGAGCCCAUGUUCUUCAUGAUUUAUUAGGCGGCUGUGUGCAACGACGAGAUUACUCUGCUUUAGUUCCGUUUCUACCUCCAAAACACGAAUACAUUAUAGCCGUUCGUUUGUCACCAAUUCAGAAGAAACUUUAUGAGGAGUAUUUAAAGAUUGUUGAAAGCAGUGAUGGAAGUAGUAGUUUUGUUGGUGUACAAUUAUUUGUUGACUAUAAUUAUUUUAUGUGCAUUUGUACACAUCCAUGGAUGUUGAAAUUGGAUGAAAUAAGGCAAGAUAAGAAAAAUAUUGUUGAAAGUGAUGAGGAGGAGGAUUUCAGUUUUAGUGAGGACGAUAGUUUGAUUGAAGAAGCAACAAAAAAAGAAAAUUUGAAUAAUUCUAAUGAAGUUCAUUAUGAACAACAUUUCGAAACUGACAAGAAUCAGGGGCAAAUACUAAAAAUUAAAGUAGAUUCAGUUGGCAGUUCAUUCUACAAUAUGAGAGCACGUGGCCCCGGACAAUUACCUCCUUUACCUGCCCCUGAGAUUCCGCGUGAUCCGAAAUGGUGGGAUUCUCUUGUACCAGAAGAUGCUAAUCAACGAAUUGAACUGGGAGUAAAGAUAACUGUACUUUUUGAACUUUUACAAUCAAUAAGUCAGAUUGGAGACAAAAUAUUACUCUUCAGUCAUAGUUUGUUGGCUUUAGACUUAAUAGAAGAAUUUUUAGCAUUUAUGUCGGGAAAGAAAACGGAGAAGACAAAAAGACGAUCUGCGGUUCAGUUUAAUGUUUGGGAGAAGGACGAAGAUUAUUGCCGAAUGGAUGGUAGUACUUCUGCUUCUAUAAGGAAAAAUUUAGUUAACGAGUUUAUGAAGCCUACUAACAAGCGCCUCAGACUAUUCUUAAUAUCAACCAAAGCUGGAGGAUUGGGCAUUAAUCUAGAAUCGGCGAAUCGUGUAAUAAUAUUCGACGCUUCGUGGAAUCCGUCCGAUGAUAUACAAUCUAUCUUUCGCGUGUACCGAUUCGGUCAGACAAAAGCUGUUUACGUUUACCGUUUAGUUGCCCAAGGAACCAUGGAAGAAAAGAUCUACGAACGUCAAGUCACGAAAGAAACACUCGCCCAUCGUGUAAUAGAUGAGAGGCAAAUUGACAGGCAUUUCACAGAGAAUGAUCUGAAACAGCUCUAUCAGUUUAAUCCAGACGGGGGAACAACGCGGAUAACACCUUCUGUUCCAAAAGAUCGGAUUUUAGCCGACUUAUUGUCAGGAAGCAAAAAGGAUUGUAUUGUUACAUACCACGAACAUGAUACAUUAUUGCAAAAUAGACCGGAAGAAGAUCUCUCGGAAGAGGAGAGAAAAGCAGCUUGGGAAGAGUACGACCGAGAAAAAGAAAGAGAACUAAUAAGCAAUGAUCCAGUUUUAGCCAGAGAUUUUGCGGCCUCUCAGUCCCCCACACCUGCAAUUAUCAGCACAGUUGUAUCGAGAUUUAAGAAUAUAGCUCCGGCGCCUGCCAGUCAUCUCACCAAACCCGUAUCUUAUACCACAAAUUUUGUACCAAAAAUCGGCAAGAGCGUUGCCUUAAGCCUUGCCCAAAGUCCAAGGAUUAAUUCGAGGUUACCUCGAGUCUUCAUAGAAAUAUUACAACAUAACUCAGGAAUCAGUUUUGCCGAUUUUUUAAGUAGACUUACCGAAUUUUUGGGAAUUCAGAAGAAAGUUCCAAAAGUUAUAAGGCAAAUUGACGAACUUAAAAAAAUGGUCAAAGAAGGAAUGGCUCUAGAGGACGAUGAUCUCAUAUCGACCUUAUCUGGAAUGAGCAAAGAGUUUCAACAAGAUGUUCUUACCAUGAAAGCUAGUGAUAUUCUUGAUGCGGCCAAUGAUUUGUUGCCAAUUCAAAUUGUUGAGAGGUUAUUGAAGUAUGUUAAAGUGUAA